AUAAUCCGGAAGAUAUAUUUUCAUGCAAUGAAUCCGGGAAAUUCUUUCCCGGCUAACCUCUAAAGACUUUUUGUUAGAUUACUAGAAAGGGCUUCGUGCUUUUUUUGGCUUUGUCUUUGGCCUGGUUCUCCACUCUUUCCAAAAUACAAGAAAACCUUCUGAAGUUUUCAUCUUUUUUUCCUUUCCAUUGUGAAUUCAUCGUUCCGGAUUUUUGCCUUAAUGGAAGCUCUGGUCUCCUCCUCUUUUACCUCCUGGCGGGCCGAACCCUACUCUUCAAGGCACUCUUGCGUCUUUUCUUGCCCCAAGGUCCCAUCUUUUGGACAGUGCCUCUUCAAAACCCAUCAAAAUUCUAAGUUUCCAAGUCUCUUUAGUCGCCGUAGCGGAGUCCGUGCAGUUACCAAUGAGGUAUUUGACGGAGGGAAGGGCGAAGAACAGCCUUUCGGAAAUGGGUCUGCUUUGCAUGGAGUCGAGUUGAAACAUAAUAAGGAUGAGGGUGGAAUGGACAAGGUGGAUGUAAUUGAAAAAGAAGUAACAAGACCUUAUGGUGCAAAUUUUCAUGGUGGAUCUACAACUAGAGCUGGGCUAUUCAGAACACCAAUUUCAGGUGGUUUGCAUAGUGCGACAUUUUCUCACGAUUUACCUCCUGCAGCAUUAGCUGUUCGCAACUUGAUGGAACAAGCCAGGUUUGCUCAUUUAUGCACUGUGAUGUCUCGAAUGCAUCAUCGACGUGCAGGAUAUCCAUGCGGUUCUUUGGUUGAUUAUGCAACUGAUUCAAUGGGACAUCCAAUUUUUUCACUAUCACCAUUGGCCAUCCACACUCGUAACUUGUUGGCAGAUUCGAGGUGCACUCUAGUUGUUCAGAUUCCUGGGUGGAGUGGGCUAUCAAAUGCGCGAGCUACAAUAUUUGGUGAUGCCAUCCCACUACCUGCAGAUAAACAGGAUUGGGCUUGUAAUCAAUUCAUAUCAAAGCACCAACAGUGGGCAUCCCAGCAAUGGGGAAACUUCUAUUAUUACAGGAUGGCUACCAUAAGGGACAUAUAUUUUAUCGGAGGAUUCGGCACUGUUCAGUGGAUAGAUGUGAAGGAUUAUGAAGACAUUCAACCUGAUAAGAUUGCUGCCGAUGGAGGAGAACAAAAUCUAAAAGAACUAAACGCAAUAUUCUCUAAACCACUCAAGGAAAUUCUAUCGACUGAAGGAGAGAUAGAUGACGUAGCUUUCAUAUCAAUAGAUAGCAAAGGAACUGAUGUUCGAGUUCGGCAGGGGGCUCAGUUUAACAUACAGAGGUUAUCAUUUGAAGAGGAAAAUGGUGUUCAGACAUUGGAGGAUGCUAAGAAAGCACUGCAGAGAAUAGUCAGCAGAGGAUCCAAUUCAAGAGAAAUCUAUAGAAGCUAAUUCUCACUCACUUUUUUUAUUCUCUUCUCCAUAUAAUAAAGAAACAGAGAAAGCUAACCUCAAAUAGCUGACUGACCUAUUUUAGACUCUUUUAUUUAAUCAUCUUGCAAUUUAUGUAAGAAAAAUUAAUGAUAUAUUGGAUAUCAAGGUUUCGUUUGGGAAUGC